AUGGCUCGCGAUAUCCUGAAAGCCGCCCAGUCGGCAUCCCAUGUCAUCUCCAUCUCCCAGAAAUACUCAGUCCGCUCCACCGGAAUUUGGGAACGCCUCCGUAAACUACUCGCCGUCGACCCCAACCGCUCCACUGGUAUCCCUCUGAACUCGCAGUUCCGCCUCCCUACACCCGGCUCUCUGCCUCCUCUGUCUUACGAUGACCCCGUCACCGUCCCUGCGGGUGACCUUGCCGACAACCCCUACUGGAAGCGCGACACCCGGCGGAGCUACCCCAAGCUGAGCACUGUGAGCCAGGCAGACGCCGUCAGCCUGCUUACCGUUGGAAGCCAAGCUGUCCCUAAGGACGACGUUCUGCAGAUCGGCGAGGCCGGUGCGAAGCAAUUGGUGGAGGUUCAGGAGCAGGGCCAGGAGCGUGGCUUGGCCGCUCUUUUCGAGAAGGACAAGAAGAGCAUCCAGGGUGUUUUGGGUGCCAACGGCCUGCCUCCCACGCCUGCCAACAUCAACACAAUUGCCCAGGCUUCGCAGUCCAAGUACGAGAUUAAUCGAGAGCAGGGUUACCCCGAUGUGUACCCGUGCCGUACAUUUGUUUGA